GAGGACUACGACCGUCUCAGGCCGCUGUCCUACCCKAUGACCGAUGUCUUCCUCAUCUGCUUCUCCGUGGUCAACCCGGCUAGUUUCCAGAACGUCCGAGAGGAGUGGGUUCCUGAGCUGCAGGAGUACGCCCCCACUGUCCCCUACCUGCUCAUUGGGACACAGAUUGACCUUCGUGAUGACCCCAAGACCAUGUCCAAACUGAAGGACCUGAAGGAGAAGCCCAUCAGCCCGGAGCAGGGACAGAAGCUGGCCAAGGAGAUAGGUGCGUGUUGCUACGUGGAGUGUUCCGCUCUGACCCAGAAGGGUCUGAAGACGGUGUUUGACGAGGCCAUCAUCGCCAUUCUGGCUCCGAAGAGAAAGAGAGGCUCCCUGAAGAGACGGCUGGGACCUCGCUGCCUCAACUGCUGCCUGAUCACGUGAUGUGAAAGCUCUCGGAGAACGUUCUGCAGAACAUGUAGAACGUUCUACAGAACAUGUAGAACGUUCUGCAGAACAUGUAGAAGAUUCUGCAGAACGUGCUGUCUCCUGAAGGGUUAGUCCUGGUUUUGACCCUGAAACACCACAGCCUCCUGCUGCUCCACGUUUCUUUUUCUAACCAGAGGAGAUGCGAGUCGGGUCAUCCUCCUCCUCCUCUUCUUCAAGACUUGUUUUGUCAACAGAACCUUCUUUUAGAACCUCUGGAACCCUGUUUGUUUCUGGAGCUGGAUGUUGUCAGGUGGAAACACAAGAGACUCAAAGACUUUUCAGGUUUUAAAGAAAAGCUACGUCUGAAGACGUCACCUGGUUCUGAAAGACCUUCCUACAUUUUAUCUGUGUGAAGUGGAGACAGAACUGCUAACCAGCUGCUAACCAGCUGCUAACCAGCUGCUAACCAGCUGCUAACCAUUGCUGGAAUCUGUUUAAGUGAGGUUAGGGUUAGGUUGGGUUAGGUUAGGUUGGGUUAGGUUAGGUUAGGUUGGGUUAGGUUAGGUUAGGUUGGG